CGAAUCAAGACAAGCCACAAAGAAUUUCCACACCCCCAUCCAAUAUAUAUAUAUAUCAUGUAGGAAGCCAGUGGAGAACUCAUAUAAAUCGCAAAGAAAACCACAGCAAGAGCUAUAAAGACCGAAUUCUCGAAGAGUCGCCUGCACGAACCAUAAACAUUACCAGUUCCCGAGUUUAUUCCGCUUAUCGCAAUUGACUGGGCCCCUUCGUUUUACCCCCCGGAUUGAUCUGCGGGUAAUGUGUUUUUGUUUUUUUUUUAUUGAUUAAAGAACGGGCGGCAGUGCGGUUGUCUUUGCCUUUGCCCCCACCCGCAUUGAGUCAUUUACAUGAUCGCCCGGAAAACAGAGCACAAUUGGAGAACAAAUAAAAACGCUCUCGGCGAGCGAAACUUGGAGCGUUUGGGGCAGAGUUGGCUGUCAGUCGUUGAUUAGCCCGCUCGCUGGCCAGACAUCCCGCUCCCAGAUUAAGAAUAUACACACUUCCUCCCAGAACUCGGAAAAACCUUUUCAAAUCGUGAAGGGGUAGAUAAGGAAUUGAUAUAAAUUUAAGACCCACUGCAAGGGGAUACUUCAGUUGGUCUAAGUGAAUCCAAAUAGCAACAUGCCUUCCGAUCAGGAGCCCACCGCCGAGCAGAUUAGCCAAGUCAAGGAUAGCGUUCUUGAGAAGCUAGACAAGGAGCUCCCAGCAGUGCAUUUCCAUCCCGCCGAUCUUAAGCGCAUAACCGGCAGUGACCUUUGGAUCUCCAAACUGUUGCAGGCAUAUGACUUUGAUGUGGAGAAAUGCAUCAUUAGAUUGUUGGAUAACCUCGCCUGGCGCCUGAGCUUUGGAGUUUAUGACCUAAGCGAGACGAACUUGAACCAGGAAUACCUCAACGAUGGCUCUGUCUAUGUCCACAACAAGGACAAAGACGGAAAACCCUUGCUGAUCCUCAGCAUUAACAAGCACUCGAAGAGCCGAAAACAGGAGGAUCUCCUGCGUAUUAUCGUUUUCUGGAUUGAAAGACUUCAGAGCGUCGGCAAAGUGGAACAAGUCACACUUUUUAUGGAUAUGACUGGCAGCGGACUGAGCAACUUGGACCUGGACUUCAUCAAGAGUAUUAUUGGAGUGUUUGAGACCAAAUAUCCCUACAUUCUUAACUAUAUACUGGUCCAUGAAUUGCCUUUCUUGUUAAAUGCUGCCUUUAAAAUUGUCAAGACGUUUCUGCCCGAGAAAGCUCUGAAGAUCCUGAAAGUUACCUCCAAGAAGGACAUCGACCAAUACGUGGACAAGGACAACUGCCUGAAAAUCUGGGGCGGUAAUGACGAAUACGUUUAUAAAUUUGCCUAAAAUUGCCAUCAACUUUGUAUGAUAGUGUAACUAAUAAUACGAUAUUUAUUGACCGGAA